ACAAAAAUCUGAAAAUGGGCACACAUGUAAAACAUUAGUCAUACUCUCUCACACUCUUUUAAACACGUUAGUCUUCUCUUUCCUUCGGCACAAGAACCCAGCCGCUGCACCACCAUCCGCCGCAGAUCUCGGCGUCGUUCGAAGGCCGCCGCCGCCUCGACCGCACUCCCAACUGGUCGAUUGCCUGUUCCGACUUUUGUGCCACCGUCGUAAAGCCCCCGACGCGGCCGUGAGUCGCCUACCCAGAUUACCACCACUGUUCGCCGCCUGGUUCAACCCCCGUUCUCGCGCGAAUCCGUUCACAUACCGCCGUGCUCUCGCGGCGCCGCUGCCAUUGCCUCGGCUCAAAUUCUCCGUUCAGACGCUCAACCAAAAUGGCAGAAACUUUGGGGCUUAACUUUGAGCUGCUAUUCAAAUGAUGGCAUUUUGAGAGUAACUAAGUGUGCUAUGCUAGUUAUUCAUCCAAAUUGAGAUGGGUUCUUGGUGGGAAACCUUGCUCAGUCCAACGAAGAAUUGGGUUGGCCAUUGGCGCCUCCGUAGAUACGGAAAUAUUUUAAGUAAUUACCUGAAGAGCAUCAAACCCAAUGAGAAGGCAAUUAAAGACUUAUCACAGAUGAGAGUUGAAACUAAGUCAGUACAAAAUCUUGAAGAAGUUGAGAAGAUCAUAGGGUACAGUUUCAAUGACUGUAGCUUACUACGUCAAGCCUUUACACAUCCAUCAUAUCAGAGGGAUUGUGUGUCAUACGAACGACUUGAGUAUAUAGGUGACUCAGUGCUUAAUCUUUUAAUCACAAAGGACCAGUUCUCAAUGUACUCAGAGCUUCCACCAGGGUUGUUAACACCACUUCGUGCUGCUAAUGUUGACACGGAGAAGCUUGCCCGCGUUGCUAUGCAGCAUAAUUUUCAUAGAUACAUUCGUCUUGGCAAUCCAGUUCUUAUAAAACAAAUUCAGGCAUUUAUUGAAGCUCUUCCUAAACAUCCUUUGCAUUCGCCUGGUCUGAUUAAUGCUCCAAAAGUGCUUGCUGAUGUUGUUGAAUCCACUGUCGGUGCUGUGUUCGUUGACAGCAAUUAUUCAAUUGAUACAACAUGGGAGGUAGCCAGUGAUCUAUUAAAGCCUAUUAUCACUCCUGAAAUGCUACAAAAGAAUCCUGUGAAGAAGCUGUUUGAGAUAUGCCAAAAACACAAGCUCAAACUAAAACUUGUCGACCUAUGGUCGCAAGAAGGAACCUACAAAGUUUUCAUUAACAACAAACUUAGAGGAAAAGGUAUGUGUCGUGAGAAGAAGGAAAUCGCAUUGAAUAGAGCAGCAAAUGAUGCUUAUAAAGAGGUUGUAAGAAGGAUGAGUGCUAAUAACUUCUUGUAAGUAUUAUAAACUUCAUCAUUGUUGUUGUUUAAUAUUUUUAUGUUUU